AUGGCGGGGGCGGUGCUGCGCCUGAUGCUGUUGAUGCUGGCUGGGGAUUUGGCCGUGUAUAGAAUGCCAAAUUGUGCUCAGUAUAGGCUGCCAGGAUGCCCCAGGGACCUUAACCCAGUCUGUGGAAGUGACAUGGCCACUUAUGCCAAUGAAUGUACUCUGUGCUUGAAAAUCUGGGAGGAUGGUCAUGAUAUUAAAAUCAUCCGCAAUGAACCGUGCUGACUGAGGCAGUUUCAGAAGACAGGGUGGAGAGACCAUCUUU